CAUCUCUUGAAUUCUCUUCAUCUUCGUCUUCUUCAAAUACCCCCCAAAUUUCUUCCACCAAACCAUGCUGGUUCAAACUCAAACCACUUUUUUCUUCAACCUCCAACCAUGGGAGCCAGACCCCACUUCCUACUUUCCAUCAUUUUCCUUUGCCUGGUUUCUCUCCAGGCAAACACUCUCCAAACCUACAUUGUUCAGCUUCACUCACAUGGCAUGGCCAGCUCUCUCUUUACCUCUAAGCUCAACUGGCAUAUCUCAUUUCUCGAACAAUCCAUUUCAUCUGACGAAGACCCUUCUUCUCGUCUUCUUUACUCUUACAGUUCCGCCCUGGAAGGUUUCGCAGCUCAGUUAACCGAAUCCGAGCUCGAGUCCAUGCAAAAGUUGCCCAGUGUCGUAGCAAUAAGGCCUGACGAAAGGCUCCAACUUCAAACCACCUACUCUUACAAGUUCUUGGGACUAAGCCCAGCAAGAGAAAAUGCUUGGUACAAAGCGGGGUUUGGUCGUGGAACCAUUAUUGGAGUGCUUGAUACUGGAGUAUGGCCAGAGAGUCCGAGCUUCAACGACCAUUUAAUGCCUCCGGUUCCAAAGAAAUGGAAAGGGAUUUGUCAACCAGGCCAAGACUUCAACUCCUCGAGCUGUAACAGGAAGCUCAUUGGCGCCAGGUUCUUCAUAAGAGGCCACCGUGUGGCUUCGACAUCAGUCUCACCAGACAGCGUGAUGGAAUAUGUUUCGCCACGAGACUCGCAUGGCCAUGGCAGCCACACUACGUCCACCGCCGGUGGAGCUUCGGUAACUAUGGCUAAUGUGCUCGGCAAUGGCAUGGGAGUAGCACGAGGAAUUGCUCCAUUUUCCCAUGUUGCAGCAUACAAAGUUUGCUGGUACAAUGGCUGUUACAGCUCUGAUAUCCUUGCUGCAAUGGAUGCUGCCAUUUUGGAUGGAGUGGAUAUUCUCUCACUCUCUCUAGGCGGCUUUCCCAUACCCCUUUUCGCAGACAGUAUCGCCAUUGGUAGCUUUCGAGCAAUGGAACAUGGAGUUACAGUUAUAUGCGCUGCUGGAAACAAUGGCCCGAUUGAGAGCUCGGUUGCCAAUGAAGCUCCUUGGGUUGCCACCAUUGGAGCAAGCACAAUGGACAGGAAAUUCCCUGCCGCAGUUCAAAUGGGCAAUGGAAGAACACUCUAUGGAGAAUCUCUUUAUCCCGGGAACCGAAUUUUGGGCUCUCAGAAAGAGCUUGAAAUAGUUUACGUGACGAGUGAGGAGCAGGGGGGUCGGUUUUGCCUCAGCGGGUCUCUUCCAAAAGACCAAGUACGCGGAAAAAUGGUGGUUUGUGACCGAGGAGUCAAUGGCAGAUCGGAAAAAGGUCAAGCUGUGUUGGAAGCUGGUGGCUUAGCUAUGAUCUUGACAAAUACAGAGCUGAACUUGGAAGAAGACUCGGUGGACGUCCAUGUUUUGCCUGCUACUGCAGUUGGUUUCGACGAAUCUAUAAUCUUAAAAACUUACAUAAACUCCACAAGGAGACCAAUGGGAAGAAUCAAGUUUGGAGGAACUAUCAUUGGCAAAUCAGCUGCACCGGGAGUAGCUCAGUUUUCAGGCAGAGGACCAAGUUUUUCAAACCCUUCAAUUCUCAAACCAGAUGUUAUUGCUCCUGGGGUCAAUAUCAUUGCUGCUUGGCCACAAAACUUAGGCCCCAGUGGCCUUCCUGAAGAUUCCAGGAAAGUGAACUUCACUGUCAUGUCAGGGACUUCAAUGGCUUGUCCUCAUGUAAGUGGAAUUGCUGCUCUUAUCCACUCUGCUCACCCCAGAUGGAGCCCUGCAGCUGUAAAGUCCGCGAUUAUGACAACUGCUGAUGUAACUGACCAUUCAGGAAAGCCAAUAAUGGAUUGGAACAAACCGGCUGGAGUUUUUGCUGUUGGCGCCGGACAUGUGAACCCGGUAAGAGCUCUUGAUCCGGGGUUGGUUUAUGACACAAAGCCAGAUGAGUAUGUCACUCAUCUUUGCACUCUUGGAUACACAGCUUCAGAAGUAUUCUCAGUCACUCACAAGAAUGUAAGCUGCCACCAAAUUCUGAUGAUGAACAGGGGCUUCAGCCUUAAUUACCCCUCCAUUUCAGUAAUUUUCAAGAGUGGAAUGAGGAGUAAGAUGAUCAGCAGGAGAGUAACAAAUGUGGGGAGUCCUAAUUCCAUUUACUCACUGGAAAUAGGGGCACCACAGGGUGUCAAAGUUAUAGUCAAGCCUAAGAGGUUAAUAUUUACUCGCAAAAAUCAGGUUUUGAAUUAUAAGGUAUGGUUCAUAUCAAGAAAGAGAGCAGGAAAAGACAGUGAUGCAAGCUAUGCACAAGGCCAUUUGACAUGGGUGAAUGCAUACAAGGGCUUGUACAGAGUUAGAAGCCCCAUCUCAGUGACCUGGAAGAAUAAAUGACCAUAAUGAGUGAAUGUCAUCUGUUAUUGAUCUAGAAAUCCUGAGACUUGUUGACUCGGAGGAUUAGUGAUCUUGAAUAUUUGAGGAUGGAAUUUACCAUCAAGAUUUAAGAAUAUUAGCUAUGAGUAUAAGUCUUUUUCAUUAAUCAUUA